AGUGUUUAACAACCUCCAAGAACAUAUAUGGAAGAAAGUUCUGCUUGUGUACAUAACAUUAAAAAACUUUCAGGCCUUUUUCUGCCCAUCUCACUGGUCAGAAAGAUUUAAGACCCAUUACCUAUGCCAAAUAUGUACAAUUUCCUCCCAAUUUUAAGAAAGAAAUUCCAAAGGAGAUGAAAAUCACUGUCAUGAAAAUGUUGAUUAAAAUCAUUUUGGGUACAUAUAAUGAGGUAAACAACACAUUUGAAGAUAUUUAGUGCAUUUGAUAUACAAGAAAGAAACAAGGGCUAAGUUGGAUAAAGUGUCAUGACGGGGGAGGUUGGAAGACGUGUAGUGGUGACGGGAAUGGGGCUGGUCACAUGCCUUGGGGUUGGAGUGAGGCACGUCUGGAGGAGGAUACUUGAUGGACAUUGUGGCAUCAGUGGUCUCCAUGCUACAGAGUUCAAAGAGAUUCCUUGUCGAGUGGCUGGUUAUGUGCCAAGAGGAACUAGUCCAGGGGAGUUAAAUCUUGACAGUCAUAUCCCACCAGCAGACCAGAGAGUGAUGUCCCUUGCCAGUGCCUAUGCCCUAGUAGCAGCGGAAGAGGCUUUAGUAGACUCAGGCUGGAAACCUCGCACUGAAGAUGACAGGCACAGAGCUGGAGUGGCUGUAGGUAUGGGCCUGUGUUCUCUUCAUCAGAUCUCAGAGAUGGGUCAUGUGUUACGGGAGAAGGGAUAUCGCAGGGUGAGCCCGCAUUUCAUCCCUUCCAUUCUCACAAACAUGGCGGCGGGCCAAGUUAGUCUGAAGUUUGGUCUAAAGGGUCCAAACCAUGCAGUGUCGACAGCCUGCACCACAGGGCUACACGCAAUAGGUGAUGCUGCCAGGUUUAUCCAGUAUGGGGACGCAGACCUGAUGGUUGCGGGGGGCACAGAGGCCAACAUUGACCCUCUCAGCAUUGCAGGCUUUGCUCGCAUGAGAGCCUUGAGUACCAGGUUCAAUGACACCCCUGAACUGUCCUCUAGGCCUUUUGAUAAGGACAGGGAUGGGUUUGUGAUGUCAGAAGGGUCAGGAGUUGUGAUUCUUGAAGAGCUCUCUCAUGCACAGAAGAGAGGAGCAAACAUAUAUGGGGAAGUUUUAGGCUAUGGACUGUCCGCAGAUGCAAACCACAUUACUGCCCCUGCGGAGGAUGGCUCAGGAGCUUACAACUGUAUGAAGUACGCUCUGAAAUAUGCAAACAUAGACAAGAAGCAUGUGGGCUAUGUCAAUGCUCAUGCCACCUCAACUCCCUUGGGUGACAAAUCUGAAAGCAGUGCUAUACACAGAUUAUUCGGACCAAACUGUGAUAACCUACUUGUCUCAUCAACCAAAGGUGCCAUUGGACACUUGCUCGGUGGGGCUGGCAGUGUGGAAGCCAUUUUUACCAUUCUUGCAUGUCAGUCAGGCAAAGUUCCACCCACAGUGAAUCUUAACCAAUCAGAUACUGACGUUGAUUUGAACUAUGUUAGUAAAACAUCUUCUGAUUGGUUGAACAUUGUAAAUGGUAAAAGAUUUGGAAUAAGUAACUCUUUUGGUUUUGGUGGUACUAAUGCUAGUAUCUGUUUUAGUAAUUAUUUUCCUGAUUCUUGUUAAUGAUCAUUUAAAUCUGUUUUUUUUAUAAUCAAAUAAGAACAUCCAUGUUAAACAAUUCUUUGUAUAAAUGGCUCAACCAAAACUCUUUUUUUGGCCUGAUUCUGUAGGGCACGAAUCUUUAUAAGCUUUUUAAAAAAAAAAAUCAUUGGCUCCUUUGUUUUAUUUUCAGUUAAGUAGUUCUCCUAAGUGGAGACACUAUUUGAAAUUCAUAAGACAACCAAUAAAUACAGUUGUUAGAUGAGGAAGAAUAAAAUGAUACUUAUAAGCUUACAGCUUUUGAUGAAAGUCUUAAGUAAUUGCAUUGAAAUAUUUAUUGUCAUUUAAACCUUUUCAUUUUAUGGCCUUUAUGUAAUAAGGGAGGUAACUGAAAGUAUUCAAUGUUCUAAUAAACAUGAAGUUUAUGCCCUCAGCAAACAUUUUCAGCCUAUGGCCAUCCACAUAGUUAUAAUGGGCACAAGUAUUGAUCAGAUCAAUACUUUUUUCUGAUGUGUAGAUGUGUGUUUAAAUUUGCGAUUGAACUGUCAUUCUAUUGUUGGAAGAAACACAUAAAAUUGUCUGUACACA